GAAAGACUGGAAGACGAGCGCCAACGCCCGAACUCGGAACAGAGUCCCGUCACCGUCCAAAAACCGUCAAGCCUUUUUGUUCGCCUGUCGUCCAUCCUUCCUUUUUCUCUAUCUCGCUUCUCCUCUUUUCCCUCACCGCCGGACCGAUCGGGAGGAAGAAGAAGAAACGAAAGAUCCGAGCCGAGCUAGGGUUUCUCCCCGCUCGCCAUGGCGUGCAUCAAGAGCGCCCCGCGAUCCGCCCUGGCGGCCUUCGCCCCCGACGCGCCGUACCUGGCGGCGGGCACCAUGGCCGGCGCCGUCGAUCUCUCUUUCAGCUCCUCCGCCAACCUCGAGAUCUUCAAGCUGGACUUCCAGUCCGAAGCCCAGGAGCUCCCCGUCGUCGGCGCCUGCCCCAGCAGCGAGCGCUUCAACCGCCUCUCCUGGGGCAGGCCGGGAUUCGCCUCCGAGGAGUACUCCUUGGGUCUCGUGGCCGGCGGCCUUUGUGAUGGCAGCAUCGGUGUUUGGAAUCCCCUCAAAUUGAUUAGGUAUUUGAACAAGUCACUUUCAGACAGUCCAGAUAAUGCUUUCGUUGCAAGGCUUGAGAAGCACACAGGACCAGUCCGGGGCCUUGAAUUCAGUGUGCAUGCACCAAAUAUGCUUGCUUCUGGGGCUGAUGAAGGGCAACUUUGCAUAUGGGAUCUGGUGAAUCCUACAGAGCCUAAUCUCUUCCCACCUCUGAAGAGUGUUGGCUCUGGUGCUCAAACUGAAGUUUCUUUUGUGUCAUGGAAUCCCAAGUUUCAACAUAUAUUAGCAUCCACUUCUUACAAUGGGAUAUCAGUUGUCUGGGACUUGAGGCAGCAGAAACCAGUUACAAGUUUUUCAGAUUCAAGUAGAAGGAGAUGCUCUGUUUUACAAUGGAAUCCUGACAUUUCCACCCAACUAAUUCUGUCAUCUGAUGAUGACAGUUCACCAUCUUUGAGAGUUUGGGAUGUGAGAAAAACAAUAUCACCAUUAAGAGAGUUUGUGGGACAUACAAAAGGUGUCAUUGCUAUGUCAUGGUGUCCUAAUGACAGUGGAUUUUUGCUCACAUGUGCCAAGGACAAUAGGACUAUUUGUUGGGAUACGGUUACUGGGGAGGCUGUAUGUGAAUUGCCUGCCAGCAACAACUGGAACUUUGAUAUUCACUGGUAUCCAAAAAUCCCCGGUGUCAUAUCAGCAUCAUCUUUUGAUGUAAAAAUUGGCAUAUACAACAUUGAGGCUUGUAGCAGGUUGGUUGUUGGGGAGGGCGAGUUUGGUGCGCCAGCAAAAUUGAGAGCUCCAAAGUGGUUGAAGCGUCCAGCUGGUGCAUCUUUUGGUUUUGGAGGCAAGCUUGUUUCUUUUCAUCCUAGUCCAUCAACACUAGGUGCAUCCUCCUGUACUUCUCAGGUUUAUGUGCAUAAUUUGGUUACUGAGCAUAGUCUGGUUAGCCGCUCCACUGAUUUUCAAGCUGCAAUGCAGAAUGGAGAGAAAACUUCUUUGCAAGCUUUAUGCAAUAAAAAGUCUCAGGAUUCUGAAUCUGAGGAUGACAGAGAAAUCUGGGGUUUUUUAAAAGUCAUGUUUGAGGAAGAAGGAACAGCUAGGACCAAAUUGCUUGCUCAUCUUGGUUUCAGUGUACCUAAUGAAGUCAGUCUAAAUGCACUUGAUGAUCUUGGCAAACUAACAUGCACUCUCAGUCUUGAUGAGCAGACAACAAAUAAAGGUGGACUGAUGGAAGGUGGAGAAGGAAGUGCAUUCACUAUGGAUCAUGGGGAGGAGUUUUUCAGCAAUCCCCAACCUUCUGGGGAUAGUUUAGUUACUGAAGAAGUCAACUCUUCUAAUGGUAAACAAGUACUAGCAGGACCAGAAGAACAUCAGGAAAGUUCUGACUCUUCAUUUGAUGAAAAUAUUCAACGUGCUUUGGUUGUUGGAGACUACAAGGGAGCAGUUCUACAGUGCAUAUCUGCAAAUAGAAUGGCUGAUGCAUUGGUUAUUGCUCAUGUGGGCAGUCCUUCACUAUGGGAAAGUACUUUUGAUCAGUAUCUUAAGAAGAGUCAUCUACCAUAUUUAAAGAUUGUUUCUGCAAUGGCGAGUAAUGAUCUAAUGAGCCUCGUGAACACCAGGCCGCUGAGUUUGUGGAAAGAAACACUUGCUCUUCUGUGCACGUUUGCACAGAGAGAUGAAUGGACUGCCCUGUGUGAUAAACUUGCUACAAGACUAUUGACUGGUGGUAACACACUUGCUGCAACCCUCUGCUAUAUAUGUGCUGGAAAUGUUGACAGAACUGUAGAAAUUUGGUCAUGCAACUUGAAAGCCGAACAAGAAGGAAAAACUUAUGUUGAUCUUCUUCAGGAUUUGAUGGAGAAGACCAUAGUCCUUGUAUUUGCAACAGGACACAAACGGGUUAGUGCUUCUUUAUCUAAGCUUGUUGAAAGUUAUGCUGAACUGCUAGCCAGUCAAGGGCUUCUUGCAACUGCAAUGGAAUACCUAAAACUGUUGGGGUCAGAUGAAUCUUCACACGAGCUUGCCAUCUUGCGGGAUCGCAUUGCACUCUCUGAUGAAGGUGGUCAGUUCAACAUUAUUAUUCUUUUGACAAAAUCAGAGAGAGAAACCAAAUGUUAUCCUUAUGAGAGCAGUGUACAGCAAGUGAAUUCUAUGUAUGGUGCAGAACAGUCCAGUUUCAGAAGUGUCGACAGUUCUCAACACUACUAUCAGGACAAGUUGCAGUCCCAACAACAGCAGAGCAUUCCUGGUAGUCCAUAUGGUCAAGGUUACCAGCAGUCUUUUGGUUCUUCUUAUAUGGUGUAUCAGCCGACGCAACAAACGCAGCAGUUCCAAGAGUACAUCAAUCCUGUGCCAUUUCAACCAGCACAAUCUCCACAGAUGUUUCUACCAUCACAGGCACCACAGGUUCCGAAGCCAAGUUUGGCCCCUCCCCCUGUCAGUACACAGCCUGCAGUGAAGCCCUUUGUUCCUGCAGCCCCCCUACCUAUGAGAAACGUGGAACAAUAUCAGCAACCCACCUUAGGUGCUCAGCUAUACUCGGGAGUUGCUUCCCUUGCAUAUCAAUCUGUACCACCAGAACCUGGUUCAUCUCAAGCAGCCAAUUUUCCUGGCAACAAGUUUGCUCAAGUUAUGGCACCUAACCCAGCGCCCGGGAGUUUUAUGCCAGUUACUACUCCAGGUUUUGUUCCAAGGCCUAGUGCGAGUCCUGUCCAACCUUCAAGUCCAGCCCAACCAUCACAAGUACAACCAGCUGCUGCGCCUCCAGCUCCUCCACCUACAGUGCAAACUGUUGAUACUUCAAAUGUAACCGCUGAGCUGAGACCUGUUGUCACAACAUUGACAAGACUAUUCAAUGAAACAUCAGAAGCUCUUGGAGGUUCACGUGCAAAUCCAUCUAAAAAACGGGAGAUUGAGGAUAAUUCAAGGAAAAUUGGGUCUCUGUUUGCGAAACUUAAUUCUGGAGAUUUAUCUCCUAAUGUUGCAUCAAAGCUUCGUCAGCUCUGCCAGGCUUUGGAUUCUGGGGACUUUGUUGGGGCCUUGCAAAUCCAGGUGCAAUUAACAACAAGUGAUUGGGAAGAGUGCAACUUCUGGCUUGGAUCGGUAAAGAGAAUGAUCAAGACUCGGCAGGCUGUGAGAUUGAAAUAAAGAAACCCGAUUGCAACACCAUCAUUGGGGCUGAUCCAUUUUCGUGUAUGCAUCAUAUUCUGCACAUAUUCCUAAGAGGAUCUUGUGUUUAGAUCCCUGAUAAUCUGUCGCACAUGCUUCUCAAACAACUCUGGAUACAACAGGCAUAUUUGAUUGAACAUAGGCGUAUUCCAUUGUCAUAGGCUUGGGUUCUCACUUAUGUUUGUUCUCUUUCACCAGAUUUCCUCCAGCUUAAGGAGUUCUACAGUCGCUAUUUUAACAUUAUAGCUGCAGUUACUGCAAAUUAUAUAGGUCAUUUACGGAUCUUGGGUUUGUUUGGCAUUCUUGACAGAACAAGUUGAUCCUGUUUUAUUCUUAUGAGCUUAUUGUAAGCAUCUAAUGUUGGGGUUGUAAUUGCAUUUGCACCCUGUUGCAAAUCAGCUAUUUCUGUCAUCCACCAAAACACUAAGGUUGAGAUUGCAUGCUGAUGGCUUUGUUUUUCUAUUCCUUUCUUUUCAGACAAUUUUACUAUGAGACAUUCAAUGGGC